GUCAUGUGUCAUAGCAUGUUUGUUUUGUUGACAAAAAAUAAUAAGGAAAAAGGAUUGGAAAGUUAGUAUUAUAACUUUUAUUGAAAACUGUAAAGUAUUAUGAGAACUUCAAAACGUCGAUAGUGUUGAUAUUAUUGUGUAGAUUGUCGUUUAUUCGUGGAGAGCGUUUGUGCAUAUUCGACUGCUUUUACUAAAUGAAAAUGCAGACGAGCAGUCGGGAUCUGGAACAUAAUCAAAAUCACCAUCCUGGUUCAUCUGGGUCCGCGACAGGGACCCAUCCGCAUUCCACCACGAUGAAUAUGCGUGAUAAAGAAAAAUAUAUCGAAACUUUUCUAUUUCCUAAUUGUGAUCUAACAGAGAAAUAUGAAAAAGUCACUAAAAUAGGCCAAGGAACUUUUGGAGAAGUAUUCAAAGCUAGAGACAAAAGUAACCCCAAAAAGUUUGUGGCUAUGAAAAAAGUGUUGAUGGACAAUGAGAAAGAGGGGUUUCCAAUCACAGCUCUGAGAGAAAUUAGAAUAUUGCAACUCCUUAAACAUGAAAAUGUAGUGAAUCUUAUUGAAAUUUGCAGGACUCAAGCUUCCCAACAUAAUAGAUAUAGAUCUACAUUUUAUCUAGUUUUUGAUUUUUGUGAACAUGACUUGGCUGGCUUACUAUCUAAUGUUAAUGUUAAAUUCAGUUUAGGUGAAAUUAAAAAAGUAGUGCAACAACUUUUGAAUGGACUCUAUUAUAUUCACAGCAAUAAGAUAUUGCACAGGGACAUGAAAGCUGCAAAUGUGCUCAUAACUAAAAAUGGUGUACUCAAACUUGCAGACUUCGGACUUGCCAGAGCAUUUAGUACUAACAAGAGUGGAGUGCCAAAUAGAUUCACAAACCGCGUAGUCACUUUGUGGUACCGCCCGCCCGAGCUGCUUCUGGGCGAGCGCAACUACGGCCCGCCCGUCGACCUGUGGGGCGCCGGCUGCAUAAUGGCCGAGAUGUGGACCAGGUCGCCCAUUAUGCAGGGCAACAGCGAGCAGCACCAGCUGACGCUUAUCUCGCAGCUGUGCGGCUCGAUAACGCCGGCGGUGUGGCCCACGGUCGAGACGCUGGAUUUGUACAAGAAGAUGGACAUGCCGCAGAAGCAGAAGAGGAAGGUUAAAGAACGCCUGACUCCCUACCUCAAGGACCCCUACGCGUGUGACCUGCUCGACAAAUUGCUCGUGCUCGACCCGUCGAAGCGCGCAGACGCCGACACGGCCCUCAACCACGACUUCUUCUGGACCGACCCGAUGCCGUGCGACCUCGGCAAGAUGCUGGGCAACCACACGACCAGCAUGUUCGAGUUCCUAGCGCCGCCGCGCAGGGCCAACCAGAUGCGGCACCAUUCGAUGCCGCGGCCUGCUGCGUCGACGAUCACCGACGGCGGGUACCAGGAUAGGGUGUUUUAAGGGGGCCAGGCGGGCUUCUUCUUCUCUUAAAGAAAAAACAAAAUGACGCUAAGUCGGUCGACCACAAAGUUUUAUUACGAAAAUUGACUUUUUGUGACUAAUUUCGGCUCAAACAGCCAUCUUCAGACACAAUACACAGUACCUGUAUGGCUGUUUGUGCCGAAACUAGUCACAAAAAGUUAAUUUUUGUAAUAAAACUUUGUUUUUUCUUCGAAAAAAUCUGGAUCACUUUGAAUUUGAGAAGGAUGGAUGGUCUCCAUGACUCUUCUCCUUUUGUUUGUGGGAGAAUGUACAUGGUGUCCAGUGUUGAUAUCUCAUUUAUCUUUUGAUUUUGCAUAACUGUAUGAGAUACAGGGCGAUUUUGAAAAUUUAUCCUUUUGGUAGUCCUUAAAUAAACAAAUGCGAAUCACAAAAUUGAAAAAAAAAGUCCAAAUCAGUUUGUUUUUACUGGAACACCCUGUAUAUUUUCAACUCUAGUAAAACAUAAUUUUCUUCUGUUUACAAAUAUAUAGUUUUCUAAUAUAUUUACAUAUUUAGCAUUGAAUCAAAGUUGCCAAUAAAAUUUAGAUGGCUGUGGACACAACAAAAUUGCCUUAGAAUCAAAACAGACAUUUUUUGACAGUUAUUCA